UCGAAUCUCUUAUAUCCCAAAGAGGACGCCUCGACCCGCACUCUCUCAUUCGUAUGUAAAGCGUGCCACCAUAUCGAAGCUGGUGAACCAGCUUGCACCUUUCGGAAAGAAUUUGGAUCCAACGUGACCGAGACGGCUGGCGUCACCACUGAUGUCGCCAACGACCCAACCGUA